AUGUGCUGGCUGGCGGAGGUGGGGCUGGUGGAGGUGGGGCUGGUGGAGGUGGGGCUGGCGGAGGUGGGGCUGGUGGAGGUGGGGCUGGCGGAGGUGGGGCAGGCGGAGAUGGGGCUGAGACUGAUGGAGGUGGGGCAAGCGGUGCGCAGCGGGAGGGACACGUUUGUGGUGCUGGCGCCUAACGUGGAGGAGGUAGGUGAGGGGGGGAGGUGGGGUUCUUCAAACUCUGGCACCUCACUUGGAUUCCCCUCUGGCCCCUCCUGGCUGUCCCACCUGCAUCUCCCACCGUCAACUCCUCCCUCAAACACUCACUGCGUUGAAGCCCAGACCUACUUCCACACCCCACCCCAUCACUCACCGCCUCUCUUGCACACCCACUCACUUUACCAAGCUCUCCCUCUGACUGACCCCUCAUGGCCUGUGCCACUGGCCUCUCUGUGCGACUGCACGCUCGUCGGGCCAGCACCCGGUAGCUGUGCUGGGCACAUCACACGUCGCUCUCACUGUCCCCCCUUGCUCUUCCUCACUCUACUCCCCUCUCCCAUCCCCUCUCCCAUCCCCUCUCCCAUCCCCUCUCCCAUCCCCUCUCCCAUCCCCUCUCCCAUCCCCUCUCCCAUCCCCUCUCCCAUCCCCUCUCCCAUCCCUCUCCCAUCCCCUCUCCCAUCCCCUCUCCCAUCCCCUCUCCCAUCCCCUCUCCCAUCCCCUCUCCCAUCCCCUCUCCCAUCCCCUCUCCCAUCCCCUCUCCCAUCCCCUCUCCCAUCCCCUCUCCCAUCCCCUCUCCCAUCCCCUCUCCCAUCCCCUCUCCCAUCCCCUCUCCCAUCCCCUCUCCCAUCCCCUCUCCCAUCCCCUCUCCCAUCCCCUCUCCCAUCCCCUCUCCCAUCCCCUCUCCCAUCCCCUCUCCCAUCCCCUCUCCCAUCCCCUCUCCCAUCCCCUCUCCCAUCCCCUCCCCCGACCUCUCAACCCAUCUUCUUCCCAUUCAUCGUCCCCAUCCCCCCCCAUUCCACAUAUCCAUUCUUUUCCCAUUUUUGGUGCGGCCAGUGGCCCGCAUCAUUUCUCUCUUCGUUUGGUGCGGCCAGUGGCCCGCAUCAUUGCGUUCUUCUUUUGUCCCUCUGUUCCCCACUGCCACCCUUCUCACCCCAUAAGUUCCCCCCAUGCCUCUCACCCCAUAAGUUCCCCCCAUGCCUCUCACCCCAUAAGUUCCCCCCAUGCCUCUCACCCCAUAAGUUCCCCCCAUGCCUCUCACCCCAUAAGUUCCCCCCAUGCCUCUCACCCCAUAAGUUCCCCCCAUGCCUCUCACCUCAUGAAUACUGA